AUGCCAGUAGACGAGGUGGUGCUCUCUGUUAGCGAGUUCACCCGUUGCGCUGUCCUUCAACGCAGGGGUAUUGUUUUCUUCCUAGUGAGCGAGGCUCUCUUAACAUUGGAGGUAGAGUUUUUGACCCUGCUCGGGAAAUUCCACUUGGAGAUCCUGUCUAGCGCCGUCGGCCCCUCCUCUUCUUCAACCAGGACUAUUCUCUUCCACCUCCGUCCUUCUACCAUCCUUUAA